AGUUGUGAAGUCCCUGACAAGCCAACCCUCUGGCAAAACAAAAUCCAAGUCCUCAACAUUAAUCUCAGCGGCGAGAUACGCCUCAACGUGAACACCUCCCACCGAUGCUAUGACCGCUAUGGAAGCCCUACAGAUUCCUACACCAGCUUUUUGUUUGGUACCUUUCCCCUCUCUGAUAAGAACACACUCACUGGAGUAGGUUGUGACUCUUACGCGUAUCUCGAAGAUUCCGGACUUCAUGGCUGCAGUUCCAAGUGCCUUUUGACGGAAGAUGUUAGAACGAAAGGGUGGAGAGGAGAGACACUGAGUAAAGCCGACAAGAUGGAAAACGGGUCUUGUUCUGGUUAUGGUUGUUGCCAGACCCGUGUCCCUGGAGGGCUCACUCACUUCAGACCAUUGCCAAAAAACUUAAGGAACCACAGCUUUGUGUAUAACUUCAAUCCUUGUAACUAUGCUUUUCUCGUCGAGGAUGGAUACUUCGACUUUUCUAUCAUGGAUCUUGAGAACCUUCGAGGCGUUGUGGCAUUCCCUGUGAUGUUUGAUUGGUUCAUCAGGGACUUUUCAUGCCACCAAGUCGGAAACAACAGUGUCUGCGGUCAGAACAGUGAUUGUGUCGACUUUAGAAAUGGACCUGGUUAUACCUGCAAGUGUUCUGAUGGCUAUGCCGGGAAUCCGUACCUUCCAAAUGGUUGUCAAGAUAUCGAUGAGUGUGCAGAAGGUACGCAUAACUGUUUAGGCCCGAGAAUCUGUCACAACACCAACGGUAGCUUCCACUGCAAGUGCCCGAAAGGCCAUGGCAGACAUUCUAUAGAGGGUUGCAGUAAGACCCAUGAAUGGACUGUAUUUCUUCUUGGAGCCACCAUCGGAUUCUUAGUGUUCCUGCUUGGUCUCUGCUACCUAAACCAGGAGCUAAGGCACCGGAAGGACAUCAAAGUAAGAAGGAAAUUCUUCGAGCAAAAUGGCGGUAUUAUGUUGAGGCGACGACUUGUGGGAACACAGUCAUCAAGUGGCGAUAUCAAGAUCUUCACCGAGGAAGAAAUCAAGAAAGCAACCAACGGUUAUCACGAGAGCAGAAUCCUGGGUGAAGGAGGCCAAGGAAUGGUCUAUAAAGGGAUAUUGCCUGAUAACCGGGAAAUCGCCAUCAAGAAGGCUCGGAUUGGAGACCUAAGCCAAGUCGAGCAGUUCAUCAACGAGGUAAUUGUUCUUUCACAAGUAAACCACAGGAACGUGGUGAAACUUUUAGGCUGCUGUCUUGAGACCGAAGUUCCUCUGCUAAUCUACGAGUUUGUUACCAACGGUACCCUUUUUGAUCAACUGCACGGCUCCAAGUUCGGGUUGAUUCUACCGUGGGAAGACCGUCUGAGGAUAGCCGUGGAAACGGCUGGAACUCUGUCGUAUCUCCACUCGUCUGCUUCUGUUCCAGUCAUUCACCGCGAUAUCAAGUCGGCUAACAUUCUCUUGGACGAUAAACUCUCGGCCAAAGUAUCAGACUUUGGGGCUUCGAGGCUGAUUCCAGCGGACAGAGAGCAAUUAACAACGCUCGUGCAAGGCACUCUCGGCUAUUUGGAUCCCGAGUACUUCAAAACCAGCAUUUUAAACGAGAAAAGCGACGUCUACAGCUUUGGAGUUGUGCUGAUGGAACUGAUUUCAGGCCUGAAGGCUCUGUCCUUUAUCCGGCCGCUACACGAAAGGCAUUUGGUAUCUCACUUUGAUUCAGCAAUGAUAAACAAUCGGUUAGACGAAAUUCUGGACUGACGAGUGGUGACGCCAGAGAAUCGUCGGCAGCUCACGGAGGUGGCUUGGUUGGCGGUUAGGUGCACGAGAGUGAAAGGAGAGGAAAGGCCGAGGAUGAAAGAAGUGGCUACGGAACUCGAGGGGAUGAUGGUUCCGGUUAAACACAAGGGGAUCGAUCGGUUUUCGCAGCAGGCUGAAUACUCGCUCGGUGAUCGAAUCUCCCAUGCCCAAGGCUGUGGUAACAGUGACAGCGGCAUGGUUUCAAGUUAUUACAGCAUCUAAGAUUUUUAUAGCUUUGGUUCUUCUGUUGUCAGAAAACGAUCUCAUCAGCAGUGUGCUUUUGUAAUAAAUCUACCCAUUUUACUUUUUGUUUAAGAUUUUGCAGUCCAAUACAAUAUACAAACGAUUUCUGAAUGCAACGCUUUUUUUUUUA